AUGGCAGUUCCAAGAUACAGCACGACUUCUUCACGACCCCUCGGUGUUGAGGAGAUCGUCAAGCAAGCCCUGGACUAUGAAUUCAUCUCCGAACGCCCCCUCAAAGCCUGGCUACGGUCUGCCAAAUUACUUCUCACUGAGGCUCGGAUAUGUGAACAAGACGGCGAUAUUCAAAGAGCAUACUUGUUCCUGUACCGCCAUGCAAACCUCGUGAUUGUCAAGUUCCCGCAACACCCGGAGUACAAGGAUCCCCAGCUCAAGGCAGGAAUUGUCGCCAACGGCAGGAUUGUUGAGGAGAAUUUGAAGAAACUCGAGCAAUGGAAGCCGAAGAUCAAACGUGAUCACGAGCGCUACGUCCAAGCUAUUGAAAGGCGGAAUGCUGAAAGGCAACGAGUUGAAGCGGAGAGACUGAGUGAUCAGCAGGAGAGGGUGGCAAACGAUGAGUUCGGCAGACUGUCUGUUGGAGCUGAUGGUGGAGCGUAUGAUGACGAAAGAGGCCAAGCGCUGGACGCCAACGAGCAUCGACAGCUCGCUGUCGAUCUGGCCCACCAGGAGAUCAGGCGAAGGGAUGCUACGAAGCAAGCCACACGGAGGGCUGGUGUUUCUCCUGCGACAGUCGCUGAGCGGAGACAAGGUGUCGUUGAGGAUGAUGGAGCUCGCGUUCAAUCGUAUCGAGACGAUGGUUCUGGGCUGGGAGCGGUGGGAGAAGGCGUGCGGCUAGCUGGUCAUAUGCUGCAGCACCCAAGCCAAAGGCAAAGCCGGUCGACUGCACCGCAACAGCAAAGGGAGCCGACGUCUUCAUACCACUACCCAUCUGUACCUACCAAAGAGGGAGCCAUGUACUGGGACAUGCCAUCCCUCCAACCAGGACAACAACUCCCACCACCCUCCCGUCCGGCCAAACACCCCCUCGACCGCACACCGAACAACCAGUCCCCACCACCCCCACCAAUACCAACCCGCCCUUCAAAAACUACAUUCAAAUCCACCGCCACCACCGAAUCCGGCACCCCUCUGCGCCCGCUCCUCCUCCCCCCCUCCCUCCGCACCACCUUCCUCAACCUCGCCCACGCCAACACGCUCGCCAACCUCGAAACCUGCGGCAUCCUCUGCGGCACGCUGAUCUCCAACGCGCUGAUCAUCACACACCUCAUCAUCCCGGACCAGCACUCCACCUCCGAUACGUGCGACACGACGGAGGCGGGGGAUAAUGCGCUCUUCGACUACGCUGAUUCGCAUAACCUGCUGGUGUGCGGCUGGAUACACACGCAUCCGAGCCAGUCCUGCUUCUUGAGUAGUAGGGAUUUACAUACGAGUUCCGGGUAUCAGGUUAUGCUUCCAGAGGCGAUAGCGAUCGUCUGCGCGCCACGGCAUAACCCGGACUGGGGGAUCUUUCGGUUGACGGAUCCGCCGGGUUUGGGACAUGUGUUGCGGUGUGAGCGGAAGGGGCUGUUUCAUCCGCACGAGGAGACGAGGUUGUAUACGGAUGCCGGGGGGAAGGGGCAUGUGGUUGAAGGGCAGGGGUUAAGGUUCGAGGUUGUGGAUUUGAGGGUGUAG